AUGAAAGAUAUUUCUAAUAUUUCGUCGUCCUCGUCUACCCCAAUAAAUAAUGGUGCGAUUGAGUUAGAAAAUUUUCGAAAACUCUGGCGGGAGGAAUUGAAAAAUAGACAAAAGAAGCCUUUAAGUCCUUCAAAAAAAACAACAAAAGCAACAAAAACUUUAGAUAUCAUUGCUAGUACCAGUAAUAGUAAGGUAUCAAGGGAAAUACAGGAUCAAGAUUCGCAAGUUGAGCUUGAGACAACUGUGACGUGUGAAGAUUCAUAUUUCAAGGAAAAUGACAAAGAAAUUCAAAAACACAAUGCUUUGGAACUUUAUAUUAGAGCUGUUAUCAAAGAACAAGAAGGCAAUUUGGGCGAUGCAUUAAAGAAUUAUCGUCAAGCUUUAAAACUUGAUGCAAGUGUAGAACAUGCUUACAGAAAACUAUUUCAAAAUGUAGUUAAUGGGAAAGAUACAGAGAGUUUUGGUAUUUCCGAAGCUUUUAUUCGACAUUUAGAAGAAGAACCAAAAUUCGUUAAUAGAUUUCAUGAUAUAGAAGAACAAAUGAUUCAGCCACAAAAUUCUUCAAACCGUGAAGAACUGCAUGAUCCAAUAAUAGAAUUAUUUAAUUUGUUAAAGAAUGUUGAGCUUUAUUAUGAACCAUUGAAACCAAAUAAGCCAGUUUAUAUUUCCAGGCUUCCAAAUGAAUUAAUUACUUGUAUACUUCAACAAUUGAUAAUGAAUGGAGAUGUAACUUCACUUGAGAGAUUUGGAUUGGCUUGUAGGAAAUUUUGGUUAUUAUCAAGAGAAGCUUCAUUAUGGAAAUAUUUAUGUCAAAAAGCUUAUCGUGACAUUAAUUUGUCGUACGAAGCGUCAAAUUUAUUACAAGAAGAAUAUUUAAAAUUAUAUGAUAAUGAUUGGAGAAAAAUGUAUAUUGAGAGAUAUCUUCGUUUCUACCCUGAUGGUACAUGUAUCUCAUUAUUAACGACUUCCGAACCGAAAUUGUUAGUCAAGAAUUUCUCUUAUGAAUAUAAAUCUAAAGGAUUUAUGAGAGGAGAAUGGUCAUUUGAUGAAUAUAAUAAUAUAUUAAGAAUAACUUCCAUAGAUCGUGAUCUUACAAGAGUAAAAUUUCAUAUGACUUUUGAAUUAAGAUCAACUUCACGAGGAAAGAAUAAUAAAUUGAAUUGGAUAUGUAUCACAAAACCUAAAUCUAAAAACAACCUUCGUAAAACUGCCGAUGCUGCUGCUACUAAAGAAAAUUUAGAAAAUCAAAGAAAUCAGUCUGUAGAAGAAAAUAUCGAUAAUUCAUCUAGAAUACACCCACCAGAUAUAACAAAUCUCAAUAAAUUUAUAAAUGAAGAAAGAGAACAACCAGAAAAAACGAAUACCGUCACUACAAAAAACGUUCCUACAAAGUUGAAUAAUUUCUUUAGAAAUUCCAAGAUUUUUCAAAGUAUUUCCAUAUUGGAACCAAGUCCUAUUCAUCCAGUUCCUCUAAAACUUAAUGUUGGUGGCAUUCUUUAUAUCACCACUCAACAAACUCUUUGUAUUUAUCCAUCUUAUCUAUCGGAACUUUUCUUCUUAUUUCGAUCCCCAAAUCCAACGACCUUCAAUAAUAAUAAAUCACAUCAAAAUUAUUAUAAUUAUCCAAAACAACCACAAAUUCCUUGGCCGGAAGAACUUUUUAUUGAUAGAGAUGGUUCAAUAUUUAUUCACAUUUUAGAUUUUUUACGUACUUCAAAUUUACCAAAAUUAUCUCUUUCCAUAUUAAGAAAACUCGAAAUUGAAGCGAAAUUUUAUGAAAUUAAACCAUUACAAGCAUUGGUAGCUCAACGAAUAUCUGAACAUUUAAAUGCGCCUAAAUUUAAAAUUAUUCCAAUUCAAAAAUUUAGUAAUCAAAAUUCAUAUGAUGAUUUUUUAAAUAAUCACGAGUUACCAUUCAAAACUCCAUUUGAGACUCCAUCCGAAAAAGAUAAUGAUAGUGCAGCUGGUGUAGGUAAAUGUAAUGAAGAUGUUGAAUGCAUUGAAGAUGAUGAUACACACACACAAAGAUGUUUCUCACCAACUCCAAACAAGUUCUUAUCUAUCAACAACCAUUUUCAACAGGAUAAUGAAGAAGAUAUGUCAGGUUCAUCAUCAUCUGUAGAAGUUCCUAUCAUUUAUCAUAAUCCAAACAAUCAACCUGGAAAUUUUGUCAACCUAAAUAAUCUCAAUAACUUUGACUUUAACCAUCUCAAUGAAUCAACUUUCAAAUAUGAUAACAGUAAUAAUAAUAAUGAUAAUUAUAUUGAAAAUGAUAUAAAUAGAUUUAGUGAUCAAUCUAAUUCAACAGUCUUUACUUCAAAAUCUGAAAUUUAUAAUUUUAACGAUCACAAUUUAGAUGGUGAAAUUCCAAUAAUGUUAAAAGGAAUUGAAGAGAAUGACGAAAGCGAAAAUAAUUUAUCAAUUCCUGAAUAUGAUUUUAUAACCAUUUUAACCGUUCCUAAUUGUAACAAUUCAAUUAAAAAUUCACAAAACAUUAACGUCUUCGACGAAAAUCUAAAUAGAUAUUAUAAUGAGAAUAACAAAAUUUUUUUUGAUGAAGUAAAUAAUUCUCUACAUUGUAAAUGUGAAUAUUUAAAUUGUGAUUGUAAACCAAAUAGAAAAUUUAUGACUAUGAUGAUAUUUAAACGUAGAGAUGAUUAA